ACGGACUACCUUGAUGGCUUGCAGUCGUAGAAUAGUACUACCUACAUUAUACCUAGUUAGCUACCUCUAGGCUCUACUACCUAGCUAUCGUAGAUCUGGGUGCCUUGGUGCCUCAGAAAUUCUCCACAUCCUGUUCCUUUUUUUGGUAGCAACGGUCGAGUCAUGUGCCGUCACGUGAGACGGGCUGUCGUCACCAUGCCUUAUCGUCGACGGUCGCGGUUUUGCUUCCCCUACGUUUCAUCCAUUAUUAUACCACAUCCGACGUCGACCUCAGCGUUCGAUUUCCUUUCCUUCUUUUUUUGCCUGCUUCGUUCUUUCUCUUCUUCUCUUGUUUCUUUGACCGGCCGUUUCGUCUUCAUUUCUCCGCCGCUCGUCAUGAUCAAUUGAUACCAUCGCUUUUUCUUGGUCCUCGAUUAACUAUCCCCCAGGCAUCAACCAUGAUCUCCACACCCCCCAUCCCCGUGGGUGGCAGCGUCUUCUUUUCCAUCGCUCUUCUCGCCAUUUCUGUACUGACGCUACUGCUUCUACGACGCUUCUUGACUUUGCGCGCCACUCCUGCCUAUCUUUCAGUUCCGGUCUUUCUCGCCCUCGCUCUUCCCGCCAGUGUCGUGCUUCUUGUCCCCAUUGACUUGUCAUCCAGCUCGCGUGACGAUGGUGGGCCCACGGCGAUAUGGCUUCCUGAGCGUCUGGUACUUGUGUCAUGGCGCAUCGCUUAUUGGCUGAUCUUUGUUCUAACUUGGCUCAUCCUUCCGCUGCUUGGCGAAUACAUCGAUUCCGGAUAUCGUGAACCAAAAGCCCGCAUUAUGUACUCGAUCCGCUCCAACGCCCGCUAUCAGUUAAUCGUCUUAGGCUGUGGCAUUGUGGGGUUGAUUUAUGUGUCCAUCCAAAAAGGCUUUGAGUUCACUUCGAUCAAAGCGCUUAUCAUGGCUAUUGCCUAUGUGUGGGGUUUGGUUCUGGCCAUUUACCUGAUGGGUCAUGGACUCGUCUCUAUCCCUCGCACUUUUUUCCGCAACGCCAACAACAGUGGACGGCUCCGGAGAAUUCAUGCCCACGCCCCCAAGGUGCAUGACCGUUUGAUGGAUGCAAUCAGCGACUUGGAAGUCCUCGAAUCGCAAGUUUUGCAGCUGCAGCGUCGCAAGACUGGCACCGCCCGGGACUUUCAAGAUUGGAUCGAGGAAUUGGCUGAGGCUUCCAGUCCCCCUGAGUUGCGAUCGGCUGUGAUUGACCCAUCAGAUGGGUCCAACAAGAUUCCUGCGAUUAUCACGGAACGCUAUCUGGCUGAUUUGACCCGGCGUAUCCAACGCGCUCGACACCAAAAAGCUCGGUUUGUUGAUGAGUGGGACCGCCUUGUCAUAUCCGCUGCCGAUGUGCAGGCAAUCAUCAAUUCUUGUGCAUCGAAGAAGCUUGAGUUCAAUAACUUGUCGCAACGUUCGUUCUCCACGCGUAUGAAGUUUUUGACCCCUUACAUGCGGUAUCAUGUUUAUGUCAACAUAAUCCCCAAAGUGAGACUCAUGCUGGGUGCGCUUUUCUCGUUCGCUUCCUUUUGCAUCAUCUGGACCGAGUUGGUCAAGUCCUUGCCAAUCCGCUUGUCCGUCGUGGGUUUCAUGGUGACUUCCAAUCGGAAGGAUCCCCAGCCUGUAGGCUUCGCGGGACAGGUCAGUGCGUCUGCUUGGUUGCUGUACAUGUGCUCUGCAGCCCUAGUGGGAGUGAAUGACGCCAAAGUAUGGGGCAAUCGUGCUUUGGUGCGCCGCAAUACAUACGGCGAAAGCGCGUGCUGGUACGCAGGGCUGGUUGCUAGGCUUACUGUACCUCUUGCCUAUAACUUCUUAACCUUUUUGCCAAAAGAAGUCCGACGGGAGACGACCUUUUAUCGCUUCCUUGGCCAGUUCAUUGAUUUCACGUACCUUAUCAAAGGUUUUGACUACAUGUUCCCCGCCUUCAUUCUCAUUCCCGUGUGUGCCACUCUCUUCAACCUCUACGGACGAGUCAAAAACAUCUGCAGUUUUGGACUUGCUGAGGAAGAUGCCGAUGAUUUGGAAAACAACCCCAGCGGAUAUGGAAUGGGUGGCUGGAGAGAAGGCCGAGAGCUCAUUGAUCGAGAGUUGAGUGGCAUAGGAUCCCUACCACUUUCUUCCCGAGAUGGCCCGUCUAGGCGGUUAAGUCGGGAAAACAACAUCCGUACCUCUUCCUCGCACGACCCUCUGAUCGAAGGCCCUCGAGUAUCUCGACCUGCCAGGAGCGGCUUGACUUCUUCCGAUCCGCUUGAGGAAGAAGAAGAAGGGUUCUUCCAGUCCUUUGCGCACCGGGUGAAAAAUACCUUUGAGACCGCCAACACACCGCAAUGGCUCCAAGGCGAACCUUUCCGGCUUCCCAGGUGGAUGUCGAACGACAGCAAUGAAAAUGGUGACGGUCUUUCUAGGUUAUUUGGAGGCCGACCCGCCAACGUGAGACUUUGAUGUCUGAUUACAGGAUGUUAUGCAUGGUAAAGGCGUUUGAUAGGAUGGAUCAGGUUAUUAAAUGUAUUAUAAUGUCGCGCCCGUAUAUAUAUAUAUAUAUAUUAUUUUUUUUUUUUCCAAUUGAUG